AUGGCAUCAGAGACACUAUGUAGAGUGGGAGAUGGGGAAGAAGCCAUGCUGAAGAAGGAAACCCUCAACGUUCUGAAUGCACUCGAUCAACUGUCGAAGCCCUUUCCAAACCCCAAGUCUAUGAACAGGACCGUCACUACCAAAGGCCUCCCACUUUCCGCAAGGGGCAGUUUGGUUAACUUCUUGCAGGAAGAUACCAUCAGUCUAUCGAAGUCGAUGCCAGUGGAGGACUCUGAAUGCAGCUCUGACGACACCAGCAUCUCCCCCAUCUCAUCCACCUUGCUGAAUCCCAUCAAACUGGCUGUGACCCAGCCCAACAGCAGCUUCUUCGCAGGGAUGCUGGAGGGCGAGCUGAACAAACUCAGCUUCUCCUCGGUGGCCAAGGAGUUAGAAAAUAGGGACCUGGCUCUCUGCCCCCACGAGUCAAAAUCUCAAAUCGCCCCUGGGGGCCUGCUGGACCUUGACAACCCUGAGCUGGACACGGACACCUCCUCGACCCCCUCGGAGUCCUCUAUAGUCAUGGACGUGCCAGAGGCCCCCUUCAUCUGUGAACACACUGUCAGCGAUUCCACAGCCGUGAUUUCCUGGACCUAUGCCCUGGGCAAGCAGCAGGUCAGUUUCUACCAGGUCCUGUUGCAGGAGGUGGCCAGGACACAUGACAAUGAGCCACCCAAGGCAAAGAAUCGCCCGUGGAUCUUCAACAAGAUCUUGGGCACCACCGUCAAGCUGAUGGAGCUGAAGCCUAACACGACUUACUGCCUCACCGUCCGUGCCGCCAACACAGCCGGGGUGGGGAAGUGGUGCAAGCCCUACAAAUUUGCAACCGUGGCCACUGACUUGAACAGCUUCCCUGAGAACAACCCGAUCCAGAUCACCGUGCAGCGCAAGGAACCCCAGAGGAAAACCGUGUCCCUUGGGCUGGAGGACAUGCGGAAGCUCGAAGAUCUGGAAUACCUGUUUCCCUACUAA